AUGGCGCCUCUCACGGAACAAACCCUCAGCACGCUCCGCUCCACCGUGGAUGCGGCAUGCUACGACCACAGCAAGGGCAUCCCCGGCGCAACGGUCGUCGUGGUGAACAAGGACGGCGAUGAACUCUUCGCGCACGCCUCCGGGCGGCGGGGGAUGGCCAGCGCCGAGGAUGACGCUGGACAGCGUGUGCUGAAGAAGGACGGCACGUUCGAGGAGAAGAAGAAGCAGAUCACGCUGCGCAUGCUCUUGACCCACACGGCGGGCUUCGGUUACUCCUUCUUCAAUGUGAGGCUGAGGGACUGGGGCCUUCCUGCUGGCAUUGAUGAGUUUAGCGGUCGGUACGAGGACAUGAUCUCGCCGCUUCUGUUUCAGCCUGGCGAGGGCUGGGAGUACGGAGUCGGCAUUGACUGGGCUGGCAUUGCCCUCGAGAGGGUGACGGGACAGAAGCUGAACGACUACAUGAAGAAGAGCAUCUUCGAGCCGCUCGGCAUCAAGAACAUGUCCAUGAUACCAACCCCGGAGAUGAAGUCCAAAAUGGCAUACAUGAACCAUCGCGAAAGUGAUGGAACCCUACGCCCACGAGACCACCUCGCACGAUUGCCGGCGGCGGUGAGCAGCAAGGAGGAAGCAGAGAGGUGCUUCAACAGCGGCGGAGGGGGCAUGUUUGCCCAGCCGCGGGAGUACUGCAAAAUCUUAGCGGUCCUCCUCAAUGAUGGCAGAUGCCCAAAGACCGGUGCCGAGAUCUUAAAGCCAUCCACCAUCACCGAGAUGUUCACGAACCAAAUCCCCGACUUCCCGGACUUUGGCCGGCAGCCCAUCCCAGCGGCGAAGCCAGACCAGACCAACCCCAUCCCGGAGCUUUAUCCUCUUCCUGGGAACCCUCCCCAAGGUUGGGGGCUGACCUUUAUGAUCAGCGGUGGCGGGGCGACGGAUCGGGAGAAUGGUGUCGCGGGAAUCGUCGCCACGCAGAUACUGCCGUUUGCCGACUUCCCAGUCUUGAAGCUGUGGGCAGAUAUUGAGAAAGAGGUGUAUGUGGGGAUGCAUGCUGCGAGCAGUGGAAAGUGA